AUGCCGGAAGAAAUCACAGGGUCGCGUAGGACAGAGGAGCCGCAGCCGCAGACAUGUGUCGAUAUCGUUGAAAAGGGUUUCGGGCCAUAUGACUGGAUCUACUGUCUCUAUCCGGGAUGCCAAUCACGGGGGUUUCAACAAGGCAUAGACCUCGAGGAACACUACAAAGCCGCGCACACACCAUCUGCCAACACGCCGAGCGAUCAGGAGUCGGCGACACCUGUGGCCGUUGACCCGUUUGACCGACUCGAGGUCUUUCUUGAAACCCUACAGGGAAGCGCGGAUAUCGAGAAGCCAGUCGAUGCGGAGAGCGGCAAGAGUACGGAAUCUUUACAGAAACCAAUCAAGCGCACGAAGCGAACUGGCUGGAGAUGGAGAUGCGCAACUUGCGCACAGCUUAUUGAUCUCAAUACCUACGGCUAUGUCUGCCCAUUCUGCAAAAAGAGCCGCGGGUUUACUUGA